UCGACCCGCUAGGACACGGGCGAUCCGGGGCCAGAAAGUAAAGGCAAAUAUUGACGGAGUUGGUGAUGAUGUUUUCGAGGACGUGUGUAGUGUAACUCAUCGGAACUGCGCGAACAACAAACCCAAGUGUUAGUGCAUUGAAAGUGAAAUUAAUACUAAGUGACAUUCGUUUGGAUAUUCCUCGAGAAAGUUAAGGAACGGUGUGUGUUUACAUCCCAAAAACCCUGAACCAAUGUGAGUGGAAGUGGACAAACGGUUGGCUAGAGCAAUUAAAUUAUUGUUUCCGAAAUUUAAUUGAACCUUUUCGGUUCCCAAAGUUCUCGGGAAUUGAGAGACGCGAAAAUAGCGCAACUUGCUCAUUGAGACAUCAGCACCGAACCGAAGCAGCAGCAUGGUGAUUGUGCAAUCGAACGUGAUCAACUCGAGCGGUGCCGGUGGACAGCUUGGUAUCGACUGGGACAUUAACGAUCCCAGCGUGCCGAUCGUGACCGAGUCGGACUACGAUGGAUUUAACGAGUGGAGCGAUGGCCACUGUCGCUACAUCUACCGGGCGACGAGCGAGGAAGCAAAGCGCCAUUCGUCCGGUUGGGCGAUGCGCAACACCAACAACCACAAUGUGAACAUCCUGAAGAAGAGUUGCCUGGGUGUGUUGGUAUGUUCGGCCGGGUGUAUCCUGCCGAAUGGGGACAAGAUCCAUCUACGGCCGGCUAUAUGUGACAAGGCUCGACGCAAGCAGCAGGGCAAGGCUUGUCCAAACAGAUUGUGCAUUGGAGGAAUCUUGGAGAUCCUUCCUUGCCGUGGACAUUGUGGCUACCCGGUAACUCACUUUUGGCGUCACACACCGCACGCAAUAUUUUUCCAAGCCAAAGGAGUUCACGAUCACCCACGGCCGGAAGCGAAAUCAUCCGGAGAAACGCGUCGAGUUUUGGGACUGGGGCGGCGUGAGCGUGUGCUUCGGACGGUUCAGUCUAAAAUGAAUAAGAUAAACGGCAUCAAACAGUCCAGAAAAUCGUCUAAGCAGCUUUACACCAUCGCCAAGGCAACCAGCUACAGUUCCCUCUCGUCCAACGAGCUCGUGAAAUCACCAGACUCCUCCUUCGAAGAGAGUGGCUACCAGAUGGAUUACCUUAACGGAUCUUCUGCUCCGAAUGGAUGCACCUACAGCGACACCCACCAUUCCCAAGUACAACAGCAGCAACCGACUCAUCAGCUACAGCAGCAACAGCCUCUACAAUGUCCACAGAACCCACCCCAGGACUACUCACAAAACUGCUUCUACGACACAAGCUUUAUCCACCCGGAGGAAAUCUUCCAGCUAGACCAACCACUACGUCCAGUGACGGGCACCGUGAGCAACAAGUACCAGCAGCCGCAGCAACAACAUCUUGUCGGAUCUCCUCCCGGCAACAUGUUUGAUCUGGACCUGGGAGCAGACGGCAAGUCCACGUACAACAGUAAACCCGAUCAGUUCUCCCCUUACCGAGGAGCUGAAUUUUCUUCCACCGGUAUUGGCCGCUACUUCGAUUGUAUCAAAUACGAAAGCAGCACCGACACGGACACGGCGAGUCUUACCAGCAGUGGGUGCUCAAGCGUUCUGGAUGAUAUUGCGUACUACGCCAGUCCGCAGGUCGAUUACCAGAACAACAACCACGCCACCAACAACAACUCCCUUGCGCAACUCGACAUGAACAAGAUGGGUCUGCGUGCGUGCGAUGGCAUCAAUUCGUUCUUUAUUAGCCAAUCAAGUUGCGUGUCACCGACGACUAAUGAUCGCAAGUCGUCUGACCCGAGCCACCACCACGCACAAACGCAGCACACUCAGCUGGACGGUGGUGCGUACGGGACACUAAGUUACGAGAAUUAUAGUGCGUCUUCCUCACCGAAUGCGUCCCAGCUGUAUGGUGGCAGCUAUGAGACGACCGUCGCACAGACGGGUUUGGGACAAUCGUUGACUCAUCACACGUCCACCUCGUCGUCCCACUCGACCGAUGGCCGGAUGGUACCGACGACACAGAUGGUUGGAUCGUCUAUGACUGCUUGUGACCAGCAACAGCAGCAGCAGCAGCAGUCCCAAACGACGGCCGACAGUGGAUGCUGGUGGAAUAAUAGUUUCUUCCAGACUACAUUGGGGACCACGAGUUCCACGAGUUCGGAGGGAUGGCACCAGCCGUAUCAGGAGAGCUCGGGUGCCGUCGGCAGUCAGCAUCAGCAUCAGCUAGACCAACAGUUCUACGGAUUGGAGCAGUGUGAAUAUCUCAGCUAGAUAGAUGCAGGCGGACUCUGAGGACUGUUAGGACUGUAGAUAGUGGAUAGUGGAAGGUGAUCUCUUGUGUUGUUCUGAUUCUGUACUGAUCAUUCCAAUUUAUGUUAGCCGAUAAGCCUUCUAGCUUAGUUGCAGAUUCUUAGACUAAGCCAACAGACAAAAACUGAAAGGAACGUAAAUCAAAGUACCAAGGUAGGAUGUGUCGUAGGAUAAUUGCUAGUAUGUUUUUUUUUCUAUUUUACAUUACCGCAGAUCUGGCGGAAGAGAAUAUUUUUAUCUUUCUCUCCCUAGCUGUCUGUAUCACUCUCUCACUCUCUGUCACACUUUCACCCCACCAAGGUGAAUGAACCAGUGUGUUUGUUGAGAAUGGCUGAUUAGUUGUGUAAGGUUUGUUUUGUUAAAACAGUUCUAGUCACUGGAAUUUGAUUAUAUUUGUGAAAAAUAAAUAAAAAACAAUAAUUAUAUAACAAAAA